GUGCAGCUAGAGCUUAUCUUCAAUAUUAUUAUAGCUCUCAUAUUUCGUUCCUAUACUUCCAGUCUUUAUAUCAUGUAUAACUUUCACCGUUGCAGGAUAAACCGUACAACCGAUAUGGCCAUGGUUUUAUAUAUAACAAUUCUUGUAUGCAGUUUACUUCCAAAGGAAUUACGAAUAAGAUUAUGGAACUUCAUGCAAAUCCAAAACGCGGACCCCCAAAGAGUCCUUCGGCUCGAUUUGGAGGGUACGGAGAUGAAACCGCGUUCAAAGAAGCUACUUCGCCAGUCGGUAAUGGCGAUGGCUACGGCGCUUUCCAGUCUAAGGAUCUUAUUAUGGCAGUUUCGGUCGAAAAAGGAGACCCACCAAAAAGUGGAGGUGGAGGUGCUCACGGUAUGACCGUCAGCCAUCCGACAUCGUACAUUGGGACUCUCAUGCAUCUUUUCAAAGGAAAUGUUGGCGCGGGAAUGUUCGCCCUUGGUGACGCUUACAAAAAUGCAGGACUCGUGCUUGCCCCUCCUUUGACAUUGAUUCUCGGUAUCAUAAGUGUUCACGCUCAGCACAUACUGCUUCGAUGCAGUGAAGAGAUGUCCAGGCGGCUAGGAGACGGAGGUGAGCAACAUCUCGGGUUUGCUAGUACCGUGGAACUUUGUUUUGCAACUGGUCCUCUCAGUUUACGAAAAUUUUCUUCUACGAUGAGACUAUUGGUUAACUUAUUUUUAUGUACUACGCAACUAGGAUUUUGUUGCGUCUACUUUGUAUUUAUUUCUACGAACGUGAAACAGGUAUUGGACGUACAUGGGGUGGAAUGGGACGUUCACCUGCAUAUGGCUAUCGUUCUUAUUCCAAUAUUACUAACUACUUGGAUACGAAAUCUGAAGUACUUGGUACCGGUAUCCUCUUUAGCAAACCUUCUGAUGAUCGGAGGGUACUGCUGCACAAUCUACAUGAUGUCCGAGGACUUGCCACCCAUAGAUAAAGACAGAAAAUACGUUGCCUCGUGGAACACUCUACCUCUCUUUUUUGGAACGGUUAUUUAUUCCUUUGAGGGCAUCAGUUUAGUGUUGCCAUUGAAGAACGAGAUGAAGAAGCCUAGUAAUUUCGAUAAACCCUUGGGUGUAUUGAAUGUAGGGAUGGUCAUAGUCUCCAUAAUGUUUGUUUCAACGGGUUUCUUGGCCUACUUGAAGUACGGUGACAAUAUUCAAGGAUCGGUCACGCUAAACCUUGAUCAGACUCAAAUACUCUCUCAGUGCAUUCAGAUAGCCAUUUCGGUAGCUAUACUGUUCACUUAUGCCUUGCAAUUCUAUGUACCCAUCGAAAUUAUGUGGCCCACUAUAUCAGAAAGAUGCGGCCCUUUUCGGUGGCCUGGUGUAGCAGAAAUUAUCUUCCGUUCUGCGCUGUGUGGGUUCACAUUCAUCCUGGCGGAAGCUAUACCACAGCUUGGCCUGUUCAUAUCACUGGUGGGCGCUUUAAGCAGCACUGCACUAGCUCUUCUUUUCCCCCCGAUCAUCGAGAUGGUCGUAUGUUGGCAGAAUUCUUCAUUUAGCAUUUUUACUUUCAUCAAGGAUAUCGUGAUCAUAAUAAUAGGAAUUUUGGGUUUUAUCACUGGGACUUAUGAAAGUAUUAACUCCAUUGUUCAUGCCUUCAGCUUGGGGUAAUAAUUAAUAGCUGUGUGAUAUACGAGUAAAUACAUAUAUAUCUUUAUGUAUGUGUAUGUAUAAUGAUGAUGGUGUCAACGAUGUACAGUUUAUUAUUAAUUGAUCAGAAUGUAAUUAUCGCUGAUUUAAAAGCUCUGUAUUUUUGUUGAUAGUUUUUUUUUUUCAUAGAUAAGUUAAAAAAUGUACAAAUUUAAAAAUUAGCUACGGUGAUUCAUUGCGAA